GUUACUCAAACAAAAGGUAUGAUUCUGCGGAAUAAAGCUCGAACAAACAUAUUUCAAUUAUGGUGGGACGUAAUGGUCUUAAUAAAGAACAUUAUUGGAGGGCUGAAUGAAUCACAUGAAUAUUCUUUUUAAGUCUCCCUGGAAUCGGACUCCGAAAAGCAAUCGUGAUAUUCAAAAAUCAAAGAGGCCUGACUUAAUAAACAAAAAUGGCUCAUAUACCUAUCAUGGAAAUAGUAUGUACAUGGUUUAUAAUAACCAAGUUGGUAAUAAUAGAACGUUAUAGUCCAGUAGUGCACACACACAUCCUGCUUGCCAAUCAUACCGCAACAAAAAAUUGACGUAGGCAUGCUGGUAUGUCAGGGCUAGUCUGAAUAUACAAACCGCUUUGCUUCACGACGACAUCUGACCUAAGCGAUUAACCUUACGAAGAAUUGGAGGAAACAUUGAUCAAACUAACAGUUUGUAUCUUUGUAAAUCCUUCGUGAUGUAAUGAGAAUCCAUUUUCUCUGCAUGUUCUUUAUCAUAAGAUGACAUGUUGAAAAGUUCAGUUUUGUUAAUCAGGUAACGAGUUUGAAUUAUUAGACUGAUUAAAGAGGAUACUGGUGAUGUUGUCAAUAUUAAUUGGAAUAGUGCAGUUGUGACAAACAUCAUUUAGUGUGAGAUGUUGCAAUGGUAGGCUAUAUAGACAUCCACCAAAUUAGCAACAUAUUACGCAACGCAUUUUUUUUCUGGCGGAUGGUAAAGUUUUGAGGUCGUAACAUCAUGUAGACUAGCUACUGCUAUUGAAUUCUGCGUCAGCUCAUAACUGUUGCUCAAGAGAUGAGUGUACACAGAUGUAUCGUUGGACUAACUAUGAGCACAUAUUAAACACAUUUACAGACAUGCACAAUUUGAAAUAAUACGCCAAGACACUGAAUGUACGACGACAUUCGGAAGUAAACCUGCUGCUGCUGCAAUACCAACUUUUAGACUGGGGGAACCCGAGAUAUUAUCGUUAAUUCAAAGUGCAAUCAAAUGUAUAUAAUCACUAAAUCAAUUUGAAAUACAAAGCAAACAAUUUUACGAGGCCAAAGUUUUAGUAAGUUUCCGCAAUCAAACCUGUUGCCUAUUUACCAUGGAGGAACUUUGUCGGAUCAUUGCCAAGGAGUCUCAGUGUCCAUCUUGUCUGAAGGAAUUCCAGGAGCCAAAGGUAUUGUCAUGUUCUCAUACGCUUUGCCUUCAGUGUGUAAAACGACUAACCAUUCAAGAAGCAGAGUGUGUCUUCAAGGUCAGAUGUCCAACGUGCAAGGUCGAAACUGCACUUCCAAAGGAGGGAAGCCCAGGUAUUCCAACCAACGCUGCCAUAGUGUCUUUGCUGUCUGCUGUCCAUACCUUCAAGGUAGAACAUGGUCUCGAAAAGGAAGUGGGAUUGUGGAAGUUUAAGGUGAAUGAAAUAGACCUUCCUUCCAAGGAUUGCGCAAAUGGAAUGGCGGCCACGCAGGACAAUCGAAUAGGCCUCGUUGAUCGAUUCGGAGGCAUCCACUUGUACUCGCCAAGUGGAUCCAGGGAAACGAUACUCCCUGGUGUAGAGAAAAUACAGGGUGUGGUUUUCUUCAAGACUGGUCGGUUCGCGGUUCUUUUUAGUGACAACAAUGUUCGUCUUUACAACUCAAGUAGCCAAUGUCUUGAUGUUAGAUUUAAGACGAUGAGUAUUGAAGAUGGCGGCUGUAGUGUACUGACCGGGGACAACAAGGGCGAUGUUUAUGUUGGAUACAAUGGCAUGGCUAACAGCAGGAUCCAGAUUUUCACACAAGAAGGAGGAAAACAAACGGGGGAAAUACCUUGCGUUGGAUUCAAAGCCAAGAAGUUGCUCGCGAUGGCUUCGAAAGAUUUGCUGGUAGCUGAUAUUUGCUACAAAAACGGAAAUGUUCGCUCCUCAAAAGUUAUCCUCAUCGAUGAGACGGGAAGAGAAAUAUGGUCAACAGAGAGAGAAGGUGUCCAAGUACAGAUGACUAAUGGUCAAGAUGAUACCAUAAUGAUGUCUUGGUUAAGGUCCGAAAGUGCAAAUGACAUUGGACUUCUGACGAUUGAACAGUAUUCAAAGGACAUGAAAGACAUGAAGACUCUUAUCUCAGAUUAUGAAGUUGUAACUUCUACCUGCCCAUCUUACCACUUACAGCAAUUCUCGUCUGGAGAGUUGGCUUUCUGUACAGCGAAUAACUUGUAUAUACUCACAAGAAUCGCAUAAAUUCAGUGUUAAAAAUGCAGGUAAAGGAUACCCACAAAACAUACAAUUUAUAAAUGAAUUAUUCAUACUCCUUGUAAAAUAUUGUUUAAACUCAUUUUCUGAAUAUUGACUUCAAUUGGAUUCAUUGCCCUAAUAUGGUUGGUUUUGAAUUGGUAACCCUUUUGAGGAGUUUGAAGUACAUAAUCAGAAUAAUGUUAAUUACUCGUUUCGCGUUAGGAUGUGGACACAUUUAAAAUGAUUUGCAUAAAUGUAUUUUAUGCAAGACAGAAUUGUAUUUUAAAAUUAGUGGAAUGUAUUGGUCGUUAUAUACAGUGAUUUCAUAGUGUGUGGCUUAGGUUCGGGUUAUCUUUAUUAGCACAAGAUCGCAACUAAAGGGCAAUUUAAAUACCUCAUCGUAUAUCACUUAGAAAUCAAGUUCGGAUUACGUAAUAUGUCAUUGCAAUGUUUAGGGAUGGACAGGGCUAUUGUAUAAAUUGCCUUAAUUUGAUAUGUCAAAAGAAGUUUCGAACACCAAUUUAUCGCAAAGGAUUGGAUUUGAGCGCUUUCAAUGUUAUUACUCGGAUAUUUAAACUUUAUGCUUCGUGCUUUUUCCAUUUCCAUAGGAGGAAGUACAGUCAAGCCAAAUUUUACAUUGCCUUUAGGUACCCCGGGCUGAUCAUAUAGCAUUUUUUACUUGCACGUCACUGUUUUACCGUAUAAAGAAAUUAUACACCCUUUUGUUGUCUGCACAUUCACCUGCUGUCACAACACAUCCCAUCCCAGUAUAGCUUGGAAAAGCUGCUUCAGCCGGGAAUUACCUCAUCAAGUAUCAAGUAUCAUGAUGUACUGUAUUAUAGUAGUUGAAUUUAAACGCUUGCACACAUUUCUAUAAUCAAUCGUAAGCAAUCGUAAUGUUCAAUACACCUUUCAUAACCUGAACUUAAUGAGGUAUUAAAUGACCCAUACGAAUACUUUUAAGCAUUAGCGCUGCCUGGGAGAGCAACAUUCCAAUCAAAAUUAGUUGUUUACAUAUUGUGUGCAUAUUACACUGUAUAAGGUAUCGGCACAUUUGAUAUUCUAUCAAAAAUGUUAGCCUUUAAUUUGUCGGUAAUUCUUGACAACCUAGAAUACAAAACCUGGUUACGCAAGUCCUCAUGCAACGAAAGAAAUAUAAUGUACAUGAAAUUUGUUUGGUGUUUAAAUUCAUUAAGCAUAUUUUAUUCUUCAUGAAAAAGGAAUUUUCUUUACCACCCCUCCCCCGAUAUUGGUAUUGACUGGCAUAACUGGUCACACCGUCACACAAGAAUAAAGAGUUGGAUACUUGGAUUUGGAAAUGUCUUAAACUAUUUUAUUGGUGAAUUUUAAUGUCAUCUAAAUGAAACCUUUUAAAUCAUUCAUAUUCUUUUAUGAAAGUUACUGCAUUAUUUUAGGCUUUAAAAAUCUAUUCUAGAUGUGAAUAUAGAUAAAUUAGAAAUAAUAGGAGUAUAUGUGAAUUGUAAUUAACUAAAGAUUUUUGGCAAUAAAACAUUGCUUUCUUUACUGGUCUAUUUACACUUAUUUUCUAUGUGCAAUCUUGAACUAAUAUAAAUCUUGAAAAAGUAUUUUAAAUGCAUUUUAUUUAGUGUUGUCCUUGGAUGUUCGAAUGUUCUUCAUUGACACUAUAGCAACUUAGCAUUAUAAAUUCACCCACGUCGCCAAACAUUCUAUGAGACAUGCUUUACGGGUCUAAGAGUCAUGGUUACUGCAUGUAUAAGGUUAUACACACCUAAAAUUCUACUUUGGAACCCUUUUAGAUCAUACAAUCUACUAUCAUCAACUCUCUGUCUCUGUCUGUCUAUCUCCCCCUCUUUCUCUCUCUUUCUCUCUCUCUCUCCCUCUCUCUGUCAAUGUAGCAAUUUUCUAUCAAUUGUAUACUCGUUUGUCUUUCUGAAAAGUCCAAUUACACUCUCAUGCUUACGGCAACUGCAAUAUCAGGACCUUUA